AUGCCUGCCAGCGACGCCCUCCAGCCUGCUGGCCUCAGCCCCGCCGAGAAGCAGGUGGUCAAGUCGUAUGGCGGAUGGACUUCUUUCAUGACGGCCUUUGGUUUGAAGCCCUGGGAGGAUGGGGAUGCCCAGGAAGGACUGCAGAUCGCGAGGGCUUUUGCUCAGGUUGAUGAUGAUGAUGAGUAA